AUGAAUUCAAUUGCUGAAAAUGCAUAUAAAGUGUUUGGUAAAAUGUCAAAGAGACGUUACUCGUCAAGAAUCUCAUCAACUUUACGGGAAAGCUGUUUUUUCGUGGACCCAACUAAGUUUGCUGAGAAGCAAAAUGUGAGAUCAUGGAUAUCCAGUUUGGUGAGGGAAAACCAAUCCAUAGAAGCCAUCAACUUGUUCAAAACAAUGCUAAAAAAUGAGCAAAAGCCGAAUUACGUUACAGUUUUAAGCGUUAUAAGAGCUGCCGAAAAAUGGCAGUCUAUGGUGAGAGGAAUUCACGGGUUUACUAUCAAAAUGGGAUUUGAACUUGAACUGCCCGUUGUAACGGCUCUUGUUGGUGUUUACUCUGUUUGGGAUAUGGAUAGUGCAUGGCAAUUGUUUAAUGACACAAAGGACAAAGAUGUAAUUUUGUGGAGCGCGAUGGCGUCCACUUGUGUCAAGAGUGGAGAGUACGUCGAGGCUAUUGAGCUUUUCAGGAGAAUGCUAUUUUGUGGUGUGGAACCAAAUUAUGUUAGCUUUGUGGGGAUUGUCCCUGCUUGUGCUAAUCUUGGUGCUCUAAGAGUUGGAAAAGAAAUUCAUGCGUAUACGAUAAAAAUUUUGUUUAUAUCUCAUGUUAAUAUUCAAAAUUCUCUUGUGGAUAUGUAUGCUAAAUGUGGGAGUUUGAAAACUUCCGUUACUGUUUUUCGUGGAAUAGAGAAGAAGGAUCUUGUUUCAUGGAGGACUAUGAUUCAUGGAUGUGUAGAAAAUGAUCAUUUUAGUGAAGCUCUGAGGUUGUUCUCUGAGAUGAGGUAUUGUUGCUUUGAACCGGAUGAGGGUGUUAUUCGUGAAGUGAUUGGGGCAUUGUCGCAACUGAAUGAGAUUAAAAUUGGAGAGUUUUUUCUCAGCUUUGUGCUCAAGCAGGGAUAUCUGGGCUCUGUUUCGGUAGUGACUGCUCUUGUUCACAUGUUUGGUGGUUUUGGUGAUAUUGAGUCGGCUAGGAGUCUGUUUGAUUGCCUGAAACCAAAAGAUCUUAUUGCCUGGAGUACCAUGAUUGCAGCAUAUGCCCAAAAUGAGUGUCCUAGUAAUGCGCUUGAUAUAUAUCGACUGAUGCAAUCAGCAAAUGAGAAGCCUAAUGAGAUCAUCUAUGUUAGUUUAAUACAGGCUUGUUCUUCGAUGGCUGCUGAAGAUAUUGGAGAAGGGAUACACGGGCAAGUGAUAAAAUCAGGAAACACAUCCAAUGCGUUUUUGAUAUCCUCACUUAUUGACAUGUAUUGCAGAUUUGGACGCAUAAGCCAAGGAGAGGCAAUUUUCAGUGAAUGUCCUAAUAGAGAUCUUAUCUGUUGGAGCUCAAUGAUCAAUGGUUAUGGCAUUAAUGGGCAUGGAAAUGAGGCUCUUCAGUGUUUCUUAAACAUGUUAAACUCCGGUAUUAAACCAAAUGAUGUUGUGUUCGUUUCUGUUUUAUCUACAUGCAGUCAUUGCGGUCUUGAAUAUGAGGGGUGGAACUGGUUUCAUGCUAUGAAAGAGAGAUAUGGCGUUACUCCAAAACUUGCACAUUAUGCAUGCAUGGUUGAUAUGCUUAGUCGUCAAGGCAAUAUAGAAGAAGCUUUUGAAUUCGUCAAUAACAUGCCUAUUGAGGCUGAUAAGAGAAUAUGGGGAACUCUGCUUGCUGGUUGCAGAAAGACUCGUGUAUCAGUUGAAAUCUCUGACAUUGUUUCCAAACAGCUUAUUGCUUUAGAACUAGAAAAAAACAGCUAG